AAUGUGCUUCCAUUAAAUAGUGAAUUUUAGAAUUUAUUUCAUUUUUUAAAAAAACAACAACAACAGGGGUGCAGUAAAGCGUGUAAAUAAACAAAUGAAUAAAGUCCAUGCAUAAUCGGGCUAAAGAGCGCCUCUAGUGUACGCUGCCUUCGUAGUCUCCGCAGAAGCGGUUAUAAACCAGCGGGCAUUCCACUCUCUGCCGCUCAGCGCUUCCGGCAUUUUGACCAAUCAGAAGAGCGAACGGCGAUCUCGCGCGGAAUUCGUCUUCGUCGCUUUUUCAUUGUUCGCGGGAAACUGAGCAUUUCUGAAUGAAAGUCCCAUCCAGCAGGAGCUAUGACUCUUUUUCAGCGUGUCGUUGACCGAGGCGUUAUUAAAAGACGACGUAACGGCGAGCGUCGGGACUAUCCGCUGUCCUCUCUGCUGGACGGAUACCAGUGCUCUCGACGGGACGAACACGUUUCCUACGGAGCCUCAGCUGCUGCUGUACCGCCGUUUGGAUGCACGUUUUCCUCAGCUCCUGGCCAGCAGAACAGCCUCGCCGUUGCAAACGAGGAAGGGUUUGUGACCAUCUUCAGCACUGCAGAAAAACACAGCUCCGUGCUGAAAGAGUGGCAGGCGCAUGAUAACGCCGUUUUUGAUAUUGCCUGGGUUCCUGGUUCAAACAGCUUGGUAACAGCGUCUGGUGACCAGACCGCCCGUCUGUGGGAUGUUAUUACUGGGGACCUGCUGGGAACCUUUAAAGGACAUCAGUGCAGUCUUAAAACGGUGUCUUUUUCCAAGCAAGAGAGAGCUGUUUUUAGCACCGGAGGCAGAGAUGGGAACAUAAUGAUUUGGGACACAAGAUGCAGUAAAAAAGAUGGCUUCUACAGGCAGGUAAAACAGAUCAGCGGUGCCCAUAUGAAACCAGAGAAAAACACACCUCAAACUAAGAAAAGGCGGGGAAUGGCGCCCCCUGUGGACUCCCAGCAGGGUGUGACGGUGGUUUUGUUCUGCGUCGAAAACAAACUCAUUUCCUCAGGAGCAGUAGAUGGGAUCAUUAAAAUGUGGGAUUUGCGGAAGAACUACACGGCAUACUUCCACAACCCCCUGCCUCUACAGGCCUAUCCUUACCCAGGCUCCUGCACACGCAAACUUGGUUAUUCCAGCUUGUCACUGGACUCCACCGGCUCCAGGCUGUUCUGCAACUGCACGGAUGACAAUAUCUACAUGUUCAACAUCAGUGGUUUGAAGACGACUCCAGAUGCUGUGUUCAGCGGUCACUGUAACUCCUCAUUUUAUGUGAAGUCCAGCGUCAGCCCGGAUGACCAGUUCCUGGCCAGCGGUUCGAGCGACCAUCACGCUUACAUGUGGAAGAUUUCAGAUCCGAAGCAAGCUCCCACGAUGCUUCAAGGCCACAGCCAGGAAGUCACGUCAGUAGCCUGGUGCCCCACAGAUUUCACCAAGAUUGCCUCUUGCUCAGAUGACAACACUGUAAGGAUCUGGCGCCUGAAUCGCGGACCAGACGGAGAAAACUUACCAAACCGAGAUCCGAACCUCGUAGGCUGGACACUUCGUAAACUACAGUCACCUCCCAGAGCACCCGGCCCUUACAGCCCUGUUGAAGUCACUCCGGCCAAAAAUCGUGGAUCCGAGAGGGCCGUCUCCCUGGCUUCACCCCAGCCCGCUGCUUGCGCCCCCACAGGUGCUGACUUACCCCUGCCAUCAAACACAUCCGCUCCUCCGGCGAAGGUCAGCAGCCCCAAAAUGCCCUCAUCCAUCCAGCAGUGGAUCAGCCGCGGUGGUUCCCCAGGUCGCCGCGCGUCAUCUCCUCUUCGGAAGGCGCUCGCACCCGUCCUCCAGGGCCCUUCCUCUGAACGCCGUGCGAAGCGCCGCCUGGAGACGGGUGACGGGUCUGCUUUGGGAGAGGAGAGCGACGGGCUGUCUGAACUGUAUCCCGACGUGAAGAGGAGCAGGAGCUCAGGAAGCGCACGGAGCGAGAAAGGUGAUCUGUUCAGUUUGCAAACAGAGGAGAGGCUCAGCUCGGCUGGACAAGCUGGCCCUGGCAAAGAGAACAGCUCCCCGAGGAGGUCUGAUUGGCUUUCUGUGAUCAGCCAGAGAUUUAAAGGAUCAGCUCAACCAAAAAGCCCCAGCGGCAGCAGCAAACGGCACGAUGCAAGAACGCACGGCUCUCCGGCAGCAGUCUCGCCGUGUCCAGUAAGAGUUGUCUCUCCACUGCCAGCCAAGAAAGCAUCGCCGUCCAAACCCAUGAAAAAAAUCUCCAGCUACUUUGUGAAACGAACCCAAGACUGAUCGAUGUGUGGCAAGAUAUCAGAGUCUGUCUCAUAUGACGCAUCUGUGAUUUAAGUUCAGGUCCAGUUUUUUGAGACCAAGCUUAUGUAUUUAUGUAUGUGACGUGUAUAUAUAUUUUUAAAGUUUUUAAAUACGUUUAACUUUCAAAAACGCUCACCUCUGAUCAUUUUGGUAAACAUUACAAAUCCUAGAUUAAUCGUUCGAUGCCACAAUUAAACAAUUUUUC